AUGGGAGGCAAAAUACAAUUUCUAUAUGUAUCUGUCUCUCAUAUGAUUUAAAAAUGGAAACAAAUUAACUGUCAUUCAAUAAUUGAGAAUAUGAGAGUUUUAGUUUUAAUUAAAAACUAAUUAAUUUUAUUUUUUUUUGGAUUACUUUUAUAAAUACUCUUUUGUAUUUGCUUUUAAGAUUUUGUUUGUUUUAUUACUUGCAAUAUUCUCAAUAAUGAAUUAACCAUCUAUAUCAAAUUAAUAUCUUAAAAUUUAACAGAAACAUCAAUAAUUUAAAAGUAAUUCAUUCUAAAAUAUCUAGAUGGAAUAUUUGUUCUUGCGCAAAUGAUGAUUUUAUAAAUAGAUUAUAAGUUUUGAGAGAAUAGAACACCAUUUACAGAAAAGAAAAAUUCAAUUAUUUUUAUAGUUUAAUACUAAAACCAAUAAAAUUAAUAAUGAUGAUGAAUAAAACAAUUAAUAUAUAUUACAUUAUGAUAAAAACAUAAUUAAUUGACCUUCUAAAAUUAACCGAAGAUGAUCUCAAAAAGUCUGUUAUUGUCAAACAACAUCCUUAAUAUGAACAAAUCUUCUUCAUGAUUUUAAAUCAAAAAGCCAAUACCUUCACACACAAGUUUGUAAGAGAAAUUCACGAAGCUUUGAAUAUAGUAGAAUAGCAUGAAGGGCAUACAGCCUUGAUUACAACAUCAUUUCAUCCUACUGUAUUUAGUGGUGGAUUAGAUUUAAAUGUUACAGGGGUAAACACCUAUAUAUAAUAUAGAAUAUGAAUAUAUUCGAUAGAAAUAAUUUUGUUCUUGAAUUUAUAAGGUUAUUGGGGAGAUUAUUAAGAUAUCCAGUUCCAACAUUAGCUUUAGUAAAUGGUCAUGCAGUUGCUGGGGGAUGCAUGUUCAUGUUUGCUCAUGAUUGGAGGAUAGCAAGAGCAGAGCCUAAAAAAGCACAUUGUUCAUUACCAGAAAUAGAAAUUGGUUUUAAUUGAAUCAGUAUUUUUUAGGUAUGUAUCUACCUCCAGGAAUGAAUGCAGUCUGUCAAUGUAAACUAACACCUAAUGUCCAUAGAGAUUUAUGCUUAUUAGCAAGAAGAUAUGAUCUUGGAACUGAAGGUUUACAAUAUUAAAUGGUGGAUGGAUUAGCUACAGAAGAUAAAAUUGUUGAAGCUUCUAUCUAAAAAGCCUUGGCUGUGUCAAAAUAUGGAUAAGAUAAAGAAAACUUUACAAAAAUUAAAGAAGAAAUGUAUAGAGAUGCUAUCAAGGCUUGUUUUAGUAGAUAAAUGGCUCCAGGUAAUGCCUAUGAUCUUGGAUUACCAAGAUUAUGAU